AUGCCGUCGUGUGCGUACCCAUUGUGUGAUUAUAAUGCCGGAAAUAAGAAAAAAUUCUCCUCCAAAGUCACUUUACAUGGUUUUCCUAAAGAUGUUAAAAGGAGAGAGGCCUGGAUUCAGUUCGUAAAUAAAGAGAACUGGGAACCCAGGAAAGGUAGCAAAUUAUGUACAAGACAUUUUGAAGAGAGGCAUGUAGAUAGGACUUCCUUAGCUCAUCCUAUUCGUUUGCGAGAAAAUGCAAUCCCUACAAUUGGUGAAUCUCAGGUGCUACAAAUGCAGGAGAAUUCAAAAGUGAGGAUAUUAUCUAAUAUCAGUAUAAUGUCAGAAAGGAACGUAAUUUCCAAUGUAUCUCCAGAUAUUCCUAGUACAUCAUGUGAGUUAACUCCUAGGAAGUGGAAGAUAUCUAAAGAAUUAGGUCGUUCGCAGAAAAUUAGUAGUGAACGAAAACGAAGAUUAAGGAAUGUUCGUCGAAGACUACAAAGAAGUGAGAAACAAGUAGCUAACAUGAAGAAUGUAAUUGAGAAACUCAAGAAAACAAGGUUGGUUCAAGAAGAAACAUUGGAUCUUCUUGAAAAAUUAGGAGCACCUAAAGAAGUGCUACAAAUGCAGGAGAAUUCAAAAGUGAGGAUAUUAUCUAAUAUCAGUAUAAUGUCAGAAAGGAACGUAAUUUCCAAUGUAUCUCCAGAUAUUCCUAGUACAUCAUGUGAGUUAACUCCUAGGAAGUGGAAGAUAUCUAAAGAAUUAGGUCGUUCGCAGAAAAUUAGUAGUGAACGAAAACGAAGAUUAAGGAAUGUUCGUCGAAGACUACAAAGAAGUGAGAAACAAGUAGCUAACAUGAAGAAUGUAAUUGAGAAACUCAAGAAAACAAGGUUGGUUCAAGAAGAAACAUUGGAUCUUCUUGAAAAAUUAGGAGCACCUAAAGAAGUGCUACAAAUGCAGGAGAAUUCAAAAGUGAGGAUAUUAUCUAAUAUCAGUAUAAUGUCAGAAAGGAACGUAAUUUCCAAUGUAUCUCCAGAUAUUCCUAGUACAUCAUGUGAGUUAACUCCUAGGAAGUGGAAGAUAUCUAAAGAAUUAGGUCGUUCGCAGAAAAUUAGUAGUGAACGAAAACGAAGAUUAAGGAAUGUUCGUCGAAGACUACAAAGAAGUGAGAAACAAGUAGCUAACAUGAAGAAUGUAAUUGAGAAACUCAAGAAAACAAGAUUUAAGGACGUCAAAUAA